AUGAGAUUGGAUGUCAAGAGACAGCUUUUUGCCCGCUCCGAGCGGGUAAAGGGCAUUGACUUCCAUCCUACGGAGCCAUGGAUCCUGACGACUUUGUAUAGUGGUCAUGUAUACAUUUGGUCAUACGAGACACAGUCUAUUAUCAAAACCUUCGAACUCACUGAUGUUCCUGUACGAGCGGGUCGUUUCAUCGCCCGCAAGAACUGGAUUGUUUGCGGUUCCGACGAUUUCCAACUUCGCGUGUACAACUACAAUACCUCCGAGAAGAUUGCCUCGUUCGAGGCGCAUCCGGACUACAUUCGGUCGAUCGCUGUCCACCCUUCGCAACCGUUCGUUCUCACCGCUUCCGAUGACAUGACGAUCAAAUUAUGGGAUUGGGAGAAAGGUUGGAAGUGCGUUCAGGUGUAUGAAGGUCAUAGCCAUUAUGUCAUGGGCCUGGCUAUCAACCCGAAGGACACCAAUACAUUCGCAUCAGCAUGUUUGGAUCGCACCGUGAAGAUCUGGAGCCUGGGCUCCCCUCAUGCCAAUUUUACACUGGAGGCCCACGAAACCAAGGGUGUGAACCAUGUCGACUACUAUCCCCAAGCCGACAAACCAUAUCUUCUCACAACUUCCGAUGAUAGAACCGUCAAGGUCUGGGACUACACGACAAAAGCACUCAUUGCAACUCUGGAGGGACACACAAGCAAUGUCUCAUUCGCCUGUUACCACCCAGAGUUGCCGGUCAUCAUCUCGGGAUCCGAGGAUGGUACUAUCAAGCUCUGGCACGCAAACACAUACAGAUUGGAGCAAUCCUUGAGCUAUGGUCUGGAGAGGGCUUGGUGUGUUGCAUAUCAACGCGGCAGACAAGGAAUCGCUAUGGGUUUUGAUGACGGUGCGGUGGUCGUCAAGAUGGGCAGGGAAGAACCUGCUGUGUCUAUGGAUGGGUCUGGCAAGAUUGUAUGGGCAAGGCACAACGAAGUUGUGUCGACGGUCAUCAAGGGCGGUGACCCUACCAUCAAGGAUGGCGCACCGCUGUCCCUCCCCACAAAGGAUCUAGGAUCAUGCGAAAUCUAUCCGCAAACACUAUCACAUUCCCCCAACGGACGGUUCGUGUCGGUUUGCGGUGACGGCGAAUAUAUCAUUUAUACUGCUCUUGCUUGGAGAAACAAGGCUUUCGGGCAGGCCCUGGACUUCGCAUGGGGUUCCAAGGACAACAGCAACGACUACGCUAUCCGCGAGUCACCCACCAGUGUCAAGAUCUUCAAGAACUUCAAGGAAGUUAGUGGGGGCCUCGAUGUGGGAUUCCAGGCCGAGGGUCUUACGGACGGCGUGCUUCUGGGUGUGAAGGGUCAGGGAGGAAUUGGCAUGUUUGACUGGGAAACCGGAAACCUGGUCCGACGCAUCGAAGUUGAGCCCAAAGCUGUGUAUUGGUCCGAAUCUGGAGAGCUGGUCACUCUCGCCUGUGAGGAUACCUUCUAUGUUCUCCGCUACUCGAGGGAAAACUACAUCAACGGCCUGAAUGCGGGUGAAGCUGAUGAAGAUGGUGUCGAGUCCGCUUUCGAGGUUGUUACCGAUAUCAACGAGUCUGUCAGAACGGGCCAGUGGGUCGGAGAUUGCUUUAUCUACACGAAUUCGACGAACCGCUUAAAUUACCUCGUGGGUGACCAAACCUACACCAUCUCUCACUUUGACCAGGGAAUGUAUGUCCUCGGUUAUCUGCCUCGUGAUGGCCGCAUCUAUCUUGCCGACAAAGAUGUCAAUGUUGUCUCUUUUGGCUUGUCUUUGAGCAUGGUUGAGUAUCAGACCGUGGUACUGCGCGGCGACAUGGACAUGGCUGCGGAGCUGCUGAAGGAUGUUCCUCAGGAUCAGAUGAACAAAGUGGCGCGUUUCCUUGAAGGCCAAGGCUACAAGGAGAUGGCUCUGGAGGUGGCUACCGAUCCAGAGCACCGCUUUGAGCUUGCUCUCUCGUUGAACAGCCUCGAUACGGCCCUUGAGAUUGCCCGCGAAGCGAAUGUUGAACAUAAAUGGAAGAUCGUCGGCGACGCUGCCAUGGCAGCAUGGAACCUCGCUCUCGCCCAGGAAUGUUUCACCAAUGCCAAGGAUUUCGGAUCUCUCCUCCUCCUGCAAACUGCCAGCGGCAACCGGGAGGGUCUCCGACAGCUGGCUGAACAAGCCUCUGAAGCCGGCCUCCACAACGUCGCUUUCUCCACUUUGUGGUCCCUUGGAGAUAUUGACGGCUGCAUUGACCUGCUUGUGCGGACAAACCGCCUCGCGGAAGCCGCACUGUUCGCGCAGACCUACAAGCCAUCGCGGGCCCCCGAACUCGUUGUCCAAUGGAAGGCAUCACUUGAGCAGGCCGGGAAAACCAAGAUCGCCCGCCUCAUCGGCGUGCCCCCCGGGGCUCCAGAUAAUGUAGCGACGGACGACGACCUGUUCCCAGAGUGGGACGAGUACAUCCGGUUGGAGAAGGAGGGCGGUGCCCCCGAGCCGCCAUCGUCGGAAUCCCUGAUCGAUAUCGAUGCAGACGAUGAGGAGACUGCCGAGACAGCGGAGAACGGUGCGCCAGAGGUUGAAGCGGAGGCUUAG